AGUUCAUAUUGAGUUUUGAAUUUUAUAUUAUUUUUAUAAAUUUAAAAAUUUAUUGUCAACUAUUUUUUGAGACGGAUGUAGUAAUAUUUUUUUCCGAGUCCUAACUCCUGGUAUUAUUUAAAUCCAAUUUCCAGCCCAACACACCACAGCAAUAAAUAUUACCCAUUUUGUUUUGAGGAGACAUUGAUCCAACCAGCCAUUUCCAUUCCAAUUCCAACCACCCGGAUCCGGAUCUUCUUUUUGCUUCCCGGAUUGUGUUGGAUCCCUUUUUUCUUUUUUCUUUUUAGGAUUCAUUCUUUCCCUCAGUAUUUCUCACUUACCGGAUGACGGAGCCGGAGAAGAAAGUCCCUGUUACCAAGACAGUCUUACUCACCUCCAAUGGUGACAGCAUCUCCCUCCACAUCGCCCGCCAUUUGGCUCUCCGCGGUUGCCGGUUAGUAUUGAUGGGCAAUGAGAGUCAAUUGAGGGCUGCCGUCGAUGACAUGAAACGUUCGGAAAAGGACGUCGGCUUCUUCCCUGAGGUGGUCGGUCUGGACAUGGAGGAUGACAGGGCACCCGUUUUCGAUGAGGCCGUCAUCAAGGCCACCGUCAUCCUUGGAAAGUUAGAUGCUUUUGUUCACUGUUAUUCUUACGAAGGAAAGAUGGAAAAUCCUCUGAGUGUAACUGAAGGGGAAUUCAAAAAGAUAGUGAAAAUAAACUUUAUGGCUGGAUGGUAUUUGAUGCAAGCUGUUGGCAAGCAAAUGAGGGAUCAGAAAUCGGGAGGUUCUAUUGUUUUUUUGAAUUCCAUAAUUGGGGCUGAAAGAGGUCUUUAUCAAGGAGCUGCGGCAUAUGGUUCUUGUUUGGCUGGAAUACAGCAACUAGUUAGGGUAAGGAAAAAUCCUUGCUUAUUUGCUUGCUGAAUCCCAAGUACUGCUUUAGUAAUGAAAUUGUAUUUAAGAAGCAUUAUUUUGUGAUGCAUCGGUUGUGGAUAGUAGUUUGAGUUUUGUAUGCUUACUGGUGCAUUUUGCUUAUUGCUUAUUCAGUAUCUUUCUUGGUAUGCUUCUUUCAAAGUUGAGACUUAACUCUUACUUUGCAACUUUUUAUUCCUGCGGUUGCAUUUUAAUUGACUAAACAUGAAUGUUAAGGCAUGUCUCAUGCUGCACCAAACGAACGGCCUGCCGGUCAAAAGUCCUUGAUCCGGAUUUCAGAUGAAUUUCUUGUUUUUUCCAGACAUGCGCAAUGGAGAUUGGAAAGUACCAAAUCAGAGUGAACACAAUCGCUCGUGGACUCCACCUUGAUGAUGAAUAUCCCAGGUAUAUAGGGAAGGAGAGGGCUGAGAGGUUAACAAAGGAAGCAGCGCCGCUGCACAGAUGGCUGGAUGUUGAGAAAGACCUAGCAUCAACCGUUAUCUAUUUGAUCAGUGAUGGGGCGAGAUACAUGACCGGAACCACCAUAUAUGUGGAUGGUGCCCAAUCUCUAGUGAGGCCUAGGAUGAAGUCUUACAUGUGAACUUUGUGAGGGAAAUGAAUGGUAUUGGAAGGGGGUUCCUGAAUUGGAAGAUAUGCGUAAUCUGUUUGUUCCAAAGCCAAUUUUCAGAAAGUUCGAGAAUGGGAGCAAAUAAUAAUUGUUUUCAAAUAUAUAUAAUUUCUUAUGUUCCAAAUUGGCUGUUCACUACUUCACUUUAAAUAUUUUUCAUUUAAGUAUAAAUUGUAUUAAAAAUAAAAAUUCAAAUUGGAUAAUAUUUUUGAGUCUGAAAAUAAGUUUGGAAUUCGGGAAAUGAUUGGGGAAGGUAACCAUGGAAUGUGUGUUUUGCCUUUUGGUGGAAUUGUGCAUGCUUUAAACUCGUAAAUGUGUGUGCUGUAGGGCAAGCGCGCUUUUACAUUUCAUGUAAUGUCAAUUGUCAAAGUCCAAAAAUUAAACGAAAGGAUUGUGGUAGAGUAAUAAGGACUCUAAUUUUAAUCAUAGGUCGAGGGUUUGAAUCUCGUCAUGGUCAUGGAACAAUUUUAAAUAUUUUAGUCAGUUAUUCCACCUAUCAAGGUGCCUACCAUAAGCGAGAGAGAUUAGUCACUGUUGCCAA